CCUUUCCAACAUUGGUUUUAAUCUGUUAUUUUUUUAUUUUAGUUAAUUAAGUGUUUUAAUCUAAUUGUUUUUUUAAAUUGAAUCGACGUUUGUGUUUCCACUUUAGUUGGAAGUGUUUUUAGUCCAUCUGUUGAUAGUUGUUAAUUUGUGACAAAAGCUGGAGUCCUGGAGUACAUAAAGAGUGUCCGUAAUUCUGGGCGAGAAGCUCCAAUGGAAAUGGCUAAGGCGGCCAUAAGUGGUGAUGAAAGUGAACCAAGAGAAAAUGAGAAACUUCACAAUCCAGGUAAUGGUGAUAAUGGUACUUCAGUUAGAGGGCCUACUGAGCCGGUUGAUAAAGAGCUUACCCGUGCAGAAUUAAUCCAGGAAAGAUGGGAAAAUGCGAAAACAUUUAUUAGAGGAAACUUUUAUUCUAUUAUCAUUGUCCUUACGGCAUUGGUUCUUUUACUUCUUAUUGCUGUUCUUAUUUUAAGCAUUAUUUUGGGUACUCAAGGAACAAUAACAUGGCCAGUUAAAUGUGAAUCUUCAUCGUGUCUUAAAGUGGCUGCAUCAACUUUAGAUAAUUUAGAUUUUAAUUAUGACCAAUGUGAUAAUUUUUGGUCUUAUUCCUGUGGUAAUUGGAUUAAACAUAAUAAAGUUCCAACUGAUAAGGGAAUUUUCAGUGUUAAAGAUUCAAUCAGACGAGAGACCAAUUUACAAGCUUUCAAUUUACUUCACACUCUUCCCAUCACCAAUAAUGGACAUGGACUUGAUAUGAUGCGUAAAUUUUAUGAAACUUGUAUGGAUUUAGAUAGAGUGGAACAUCAUUCUAAGAGAUUUGUUGAUGAUUAUCUGAACGGCGUUUUCCUCGGAUGGAAACCAAUUGGUGUAACCAAACUUGACUGGACUAAGAUCCAUGAAUACCUUCAAAAAGAUUAUGGUGUAGCUCCUUUUUUCAAAAUAACUGUUGAAUUAAAUGAUUAUGAUCCAACAGCUCCUACAAUCAAAGUAAGUAAUUUCCCAAGCCGUGAAUAUUAUUGGGAUUCUUCAUUUGAUAACAUACAAAAACGGUAUAGAAAGUACAUUGAAGAUUUGACAGCUCAAAUGGGUGCCAACUCGAUUGAAGCUCGACGCACUGCUGAUGAUAUUUUCAAUUAUGAGAAAAGACUUACAGAAACUUUAACACAAAAUUGGAAUGUUUCUCAGCUAAUGGAAAGAGCGAAAAUCAGAGAUUUAAGAAACUUGCUCCCUUCCAUUAAAUGGCCUGACUUUAUCCAAAGUUACUCAGGCUUAAACGAUUUACCCUUCAGAGACAACACACAAAUAGUCAUUUAUGAUAUUGCUUAUUUCAGAUCUCUUUCCACUAUACUUGGAUCAUCAAAUAAUGAUUUAUUUAAUACUUACUUAAUCUGGAGAUUUAUUGCUGAAUAUGCUCCCUACUUGGGCCACGACACCAGAAUGGUUUAUGUUGACUUUCAAAAGGCACUUAACGGAGUUGAACCCAGUUCCGAAGAUGGAGAUCGUUGGGAAUUUUGUAUUGAAACUCUUCAAAAGUUUUACGGACCAGGUUUAACUACCCUUCUUUUGGAAAAGUUUGACGUUCAGUACAUUAGUCCCGCUGUAGAUUCGCUUGUGGAGAGAGUGAAGAAUAAGCUAAAAGAAAAAGUCAACAUGUUACCUUGGGUAACUGAUCGUGACACAAGUGAACGUUUAAAGGAUAAAAUUGACAAUUUACGAGUUAAAUUUGGUUUCUCUGAAGGAUUUAAUAGCAGAUCAGAAAUGGAUAAUUAUUAUCUCAAUGUAAUUUUAGACAGUUCAUUAAUUAGAUCAGUGGCCAACGCUCAUAUCUUUUUACGUAAAAAGAUGUUUGAAAAUCAGUUGAAAUCAUCGCAAGAAGUUUGGCCCAUUCCACCAUUUGAACCUAAAGCCUUUUAUCAACAUGCUGGUAAUCUUCUUUACAUCGGCUUAGGUUUACUAUCGAAACCUAUUUACCAACAUGAUUACCCAUCAGUGAUGCACUUUGGAUCUUUGGGUUUUCAUAUUGCCUCUGAAAUGCUUAAAUCGAUCAGUUUUGAAGGAAUUUUCUAUGAUCGGUUUGGUCAAAUCAGUGAAGGAUUCAAAAUAGUUACAGAUGAUUCCAUUGCUGCAUUAAAUUCCAGUUCAGCUUGUCUUGCCAAUAAGAUGAAAUAUGUUAAUGGAUCUUCUAUGGUUGAUAUUGACUUAAUUCUGCCACAAACAAUCAUCGAUAUCUAUGGGCUACAAAUCGCUUUCGAAACUUAUCUGCAACAAGUUUCUCUAGAAGGACAAGAUCACCCAUUACCUGGAUUAUAUUUAUACAAUGAUCAACUCUUCUUCGUAGCUUUUGCUCAGUCUCUUUGUGAAUCAGUAAGAUCAGGAUACGCUGCAAAUUAUUUCGCAACUAUGUCAACUUUACCUGGAAAUCUUAGAGUGGAAACACUUGUCCGCUCAUCGCCACAAUUUAUCAAAUCAUUCAAUUGUAGAUCUCAAGACUCCUUAACCUGUCCAAAAUUGUAAAAUCUUUUACUGUGCUCUCCCCAGCUUAUUUUUUCAUCUUGUGUCAUCACUUUUCACUAUUUCGCCUCUUUUACUUUCUUCACCAUCAUGGUCACACAAUUUACCACCAACUUUUCAUCAAAAUUCAUUUUAUUUCCUGUCAUCAUUGAAAUCUAUGCUUUGUCUGAGAGUUUUGUGUCAGUUCCGUGAUCAUAAAAAAGUCAGACCAUGGAAACGUUAACUUGCAUAGAACAAAAUUAAUUUUUACUAUUGCACAUUUUCAUCUAACAUGGACCAACAACUUUUAACUUUUUUUUGUGAAUGAUAACAUAAUUUAAUGUUACACAUCAUCUCCCAAAGUCUUUGUCAUAUUUUCAAUCAACUACAACCGUCCAACUGUGUUUGUUUUUGUACAAAGAAAACAAUUUAAAGUGAGAUUCGCAAAGCAUAAAUCGCCUAACAAUUUACCAACCUCAUCACCCCAUUCACAUGGAUAUUUAUUUCUCUGAUAUGGCUGCUAAAUCAACACACAGAAUCAGCUGAAUGAUUUAUCUAAUUCCUACUUGGAACCUUUUUCAUCUUUAUGGUCAACAAGAAACCGAGUCUAUUUUGCUGCUCCAUUUUUGUAUGUAUCUUCAAUUUGUAUGAAUUUAUUUUCACAAACGAAUCGCAUUUCACAAGGAAAGGCCACAAUCACAUGGAAAAUCAUACGGAUAUAUUUUCCAGUUAUCCUUACACACUUCUUUCCAUUCAAUUUUAAUCACCAUCGUACCGAAUUCAUUCACGUAAUCAAUGUAUCAUUCCAAUGAUCAACUAACAGCCACAAUAUGACUCACCUUUAUUAUAUUUUUGUAACCAAACAAACCACAGCAAACAUGACAUACCCACACACACACGAUCACAUUCACAAUCAAUAACUGCCUUAAACGAAAAACGCAAGCCUUAAUUUAAUCAACGAAUUAACGUUUUCUGCAAAUUCUAAUUAUAUUAUUAUAUUCUGAUAGUUUGUAGCAAUUUUGAUCAAAAAGCAAUUUAAAUUUCUAGCAAACAAUUAUCGUUCCUAAAUAAUACGAUUUAAAAGGAAACCCUUACCAACAUGAACAAUAUUUUUUACGAUGAGAAAAAAAAUGUUUACAAUUAAUUGCAAAAAUAAGAAACGAUAAUAAAGCAAUUUGGUUUUUUUUUCUUGUCCAAACCUGA